AUGGCCAGGUCACGCGGCCAUGCUUUCGCAGCAGCGGCACUGCUGCUGCUUGCCAUCACCGCUUCGGGCUCACAGGUCGACACAGGGACCUCCAUACCCUCUGUAACUGGCCCAUCGACAUGUCCAUCUCGAAGCAUCAACUACAUCACGCAGACUCUGCCACAGCAAUGCCUUACAACAAGCUGGGCGAGCAAGCCGAAACUACAAGAGGUAUCCCCGACGGAGACUCCCUCCACGUCGCACCGAUCCGUGGAUGCGCCUUCAAACACACAAGAUGCAACAAUACCAGUUCCUGAACUGCAACGUGACACCCAGCCGGCGGCCUCUGACUCGUCCACAUCAUCCGGAAGCGCGACUGCUGCUACGAGCCAUCAGCAAGGUCCCGCUUCAGCACCUUUUGCUUCCGAAAUUACACAGCAAGCUAAGACAACGAUCGAAGUCGAGCAGGAGACCGAGUCUGACUCGCCCCUGGACAAUGCCAACUUUCUUUCGUUUGAAGAAUGGAAGAGCCGGAAUCUGGCCAAAGCCGGGCAAUCUGCAGAAAAUUUGGGUGCAAGGGCUGGAGGUGGCGCAGAGCAAAGACGGAGGCCCGGAGGUAUCAAUAACGCGUUGGACUCGUUGGGCGAGGACACGGAGAUUGAGAUAGAUUUUGGCGGAUUCGUCGACCCGGGCAACCCACCACCUACCCAAUCUCCGCCACACCACGGCACUGCUCAAGUUUCGAAGGGUGAGCGCAGUGAAGAUAAGUCAGCGGACGAGCCAUCAGGCCCCCGUAAGAGGGGAAAGGAUGCUGGGAAGACUUGCAAGGAAAGGUCCAACUACGCAUCCUUUGACUGUGCCUCCACCGUCCUGAAAACAAACCCAGAGUGCAAAGGGUCUACUAGUGUCCUAGUGGAGAACAAAGAUAGCUACAUGCUCAACAUCUGUUCUGCGAAGAACAAAUUCUUCAUCGUCGAACUCUGCGAUGAUAUCCUGAUCGAUACCGUGGUACUAGCAAACUUCGAGUUCUUCAGCUCAAUGUUCCGGACAUUUCGCGUCAGUGUCUCGGAUCGAUAUCCUGUGAAGCUCGACAAGUGGAGGGAGCUUGGAACCUUUGAGGCAAGGAACAGUCGAGAUGUGCAAGCUUUCCUGGUUGAUAACCCUUUGAUCUGGGCAAGAUAUCUGCGAGUUGAGUUCUUGGCGCACUUUGGGAACGAGUACUACUGCCCCGUCAGUCUUUUGAGAGUCCAUGGCACUACGAUGAUGGAGGAGUUCAAUCACGACGUGAAGGGGUCAAGGAACGAUGAUGACUCGGAUAGUGAAGCUGGCGAUGUCGAAGAAGGAGGUUUAGUAGAUUCGGUACUAGCAGACCUUGUCAGUGCCGAUGCAUUGAAAGAGAAAGUCCAGGAGACCUUGGAAGAAGCUGAUGCAACACCGACUGGACCUUCAAGUGCCACAACAGCGAGCUCGGUUAACCUACCGUCGAGCACCCCUUCAAGAAUGUCAGAUGCCACCGUGUCUUCGAGUCCCGACCCCUUGUCGUCGCCAGGCUUCACGUCCUAUAACUUCUCUGUGGCUAUGCAAAUGGUACUUUCGCCUGCUUCAUCUGCUCACAACAAGUCUGUCUGCAACCCUGAGGACCGGCCGAAUGAUGCUGUACCUCCGCCACCAGCCUCGGUACCUAUUGGUCAGACUGAAAGGAUCCCUGGGGCGUCAUCGGUUGUUAUAGCCAUUCAGACGCCCUCUCACGGGACCUUUUCCACCAACGAAACCACCACCAGACUCUCAGAGUCUUCAAAGACUGUACUCCCAGUCGUCUCGGACAAGGGUGCAAUUCAGAACAAGUCGGAACCAACAAGAUCAUCGAAUCAGACGUCGGCGUCCAUCGUGAGAGGUCAUUCAUCCUCCACGCAACCUGCCAACCCUAGUCCUACCACACAAGAAUCAUUCUUCAAAUCUGUCCACAAACGCCUGCAGCUCCUCGAAUCGAAUUCUACACUUUCACUUCAAUAUAUUGAAGAACAAUCUCGCAUUCUGCGCGAUGCUUUCUCAAAAGUCGAAAAGCGACAGUUGGGAAAAACCACUGCUUUUCUGGAAAUUCUGAAUACGACUGUCUUGACUGAGCUCCGUGAUUUCCGCCACCAGUACGAUCAGAUCUGGCAAUCCACUGUACUCGAGCUCUCAUCUCAACGUGAACAAUCUCAGCAUGAGGUCCUCGCCCUCAGCGCCCGCCUCAGCCUUUUAGCAGACGAGAUUGUCUUCCAAAAACGGAUGGCAAUCGUUCAAUUCGGUCUCAUCCUACUGUGUUUGGGCCUCAUAAUCUUCUCCCGUCACAGCUCACAAGCUACCUACCUCGAGCUCCCACCAGUGGUGCAGCAUGCUGUCAACAAGUCUUCUGCUAACUUGUCGCGCUACGCUCCUUCUAUCGAGAGUUCGCCCAAUAGUCCAUCAUCCACAAGACCUUCGUCACGACAUGGUCUGUUUCGCGACUUGACACACCGCAGUAGUCCGUCAGAAGAGUCACAGCUCGAUGAUGGAAGGAAGAACCCCAACAUCACCAUCGAAUAUGCGCCUCCAACGCCGACGUCUCUGCCUUCGUCUGGAGAGCACCAAAACGAGCCUGCCAGUGAUGGCGAUGAUCACUCGAGGGAUUGUUCACCGGAGCCGGAAGAGGGAGCAGUAUGGCAGACGAGGAGCAGCCCUUCUACGCCGAGUGGACAGCGGGAUGAGCAGCGGGAGCUUGGAAAAAGGACAUUGUUGCCACCAGAGGCCGUCGGGGUGACUUAG